AUGGAAGGAAAGAGAUCAUUGGGUCAGAACACUGAACCGCGGCUCGGUGCCUGUCGAUCUGCCUUUACCAAGAGAAGGAAGAGAAGCCUCUCCGCCAUCAAAAUGCCUAAGCAAAUCCAUGAGAUUAAAGAUUUCCUUCUCACUGCAAGAAGGAAAGACGCACGCUCGGUGAAAAUCAAGAGGAGCAAGGAUGCGGUGAAGUUCAAGGUCCGUUGCUCGAAGUACCUCUACACGCUUUGUGUUUUUGACACAGAGAAGGCUGACAAGUUGAAGCAGUCUCUUCCUCCAGGUUUAAGUGUGCAAGACCUGUGA